AUGAAUAAGAAUCCGUUUCUUCCGGCGCCCUCUUUUACCCCUCAGCAGCCUCCGUUGCCUCCUGGUCCUCCCCCACCUCAGCCGACUCAAGCAGAUUAUUCCGCCUGGUGGGGAGGCGGCGCUGCACACCAACCGCACAUACAACAGCCUCCAACUGUGGGUCCAUAUAAUCCUAACCCACAAUGGGCCCCGCCGCAGGCUCCCAGACCUCCUGCCGAACAGAGUGCAUUGUAUGCUAACUAUGGAUAUGGACCUCAAAACAACCAAUGGCAAAGGCAACAGCAGCAGCAACAACAACAACAACAACAGCAACAGCAAUAUCAUCAACCGCCACCAGUAAUGCACCAGCCUCCACCUCCGCCAGCUCAGCCAGGCUACAAUCCUUAUCAGCCUACCGCAGGAUAUCCUCAACCAUAUGUCCCACAGCCAGGCCCACCUCCACAGCCCAUGGUGCAAACUGCAUAUCCUCAUCCUCCGUCACAACCCCAGCAGAUGUAUGCUCCUCCUAUGGCUGCUCCCCAGCCGCCUCAGCAUCAACAGCAUCAGCAACCAACUCAGCCGCGCAAUCAUCAUGCUUCGCCGCAACAUCUGCCUCCCGCAAAACGUCAAAGGUUUGACGGUCCAAAUCCUAAUAACAGACAACAUCAAGGCCAACAGCACCAUCAACAACCUCCACAACCCCAAUUUCAGCCUCCUCCCGCUCCCCCUCAGCAUCCAAGUGGUUUUGCAGGACCCAACCGUGGUUCUAUUCCAUCUGGACCUGGAGGGAGGAAUGGCGGUCCACCAAAUGGCCCUGGAGGUAGAGGAGGAAGUAACGCGGGAGGGCGAGGAGGUCGCAGCAACCAGCCAUCAGGGAACAGAGGCGGUGGGAUGGCUGGUGGUAGAGGACGCGGAGGAAGCUUCGUUGGUGGUCCUUCUGGGCGUGGUGGAGCAGGAGGUGGUCAACCUAAUGGGCCGCUGAGAGGCCAUGGUUCUCGAGGCAAUUUUGGAGGAGGCAACAAAGACUUUCAUAAUCGACGUGGCGGUGGAGCGGGUGGUUCUUUCAACAAUGGGCCCGGGGGUGGUGGAAAUUACUCUCAUCAAGGCUCUUUCCGAGGUCGCAACCAAGGUCCUACGGGUCCUAGUAGAGGAAACAGGAAUGACGCAGGUUCUAGUAACGCGUUUGCUUCAAGGGAAGCUACUGCGACAUCCAGUUUUGGCGGUAAGAAAGAUGAAAAUAGACGAACACUCACAGACUUUAAGAUUGUUGGUCUGGCUAUUUCUGAUUUGGGUUGGACUUGGGGUUCAGUUCCGUCUGCUGCUGCAAAGGUCGAGGAGGUUGACCAUCCUACGGAUGUUGCUGGAGCGUCUGAUAUAGGGGUCAAGAGUGAAGUCGUGGAGUCUGAUAUUGCAUUGGCUACUGUUAAAGAUGAAAGUCAGCCAGAGAGCAAAACGGGGAUUGUUCAGGCUUCUCGGAAUGAUGAUAUGGUGGACAGCAAACCGUUACAAGAGUCUUCUCGGAUGCGUGUCUCGUCAGACACAAAUGCAGGCGGCAGUCAACCCCCUCCAUCUCGGAUUCGCAUCUAUUUUCAUACUCCUGUGACUGCUGAUGACUCUCGCCCUAUACCACACAACUCUUCCUAUGGGGAUGCUCCUUCUGAUUCAAGGAAAGGAAAACGCAAAAAGUUGGAAGAUGACGAUGGAGAUUUGGAAGAGCGUCGUGCCCCUCCGCCGCCGCCGCAGAUGGCAAGUUCGGUCAAUGAUGAUCGUGCUAGUGCUGCUCCGAGCGUGGCUGAGACAGCCAGUGAAGCUGAUUGGCUGAUGGCAGCAAUUGUUGAAGGAGAGGAAGAGGACGCCGAUGCAGCUGGCAACCAUGAUCAUGUGGAGGGCGAUGAGGAUGACGUUCAGCUGCAUGUCAACCAAAUUGCUAAAGAUGAUGACCAUGGCGAACAUGCGCAUCAUGCUGAAGCAGGUGAUGCUCAGGAUGAGGAUGAAGCAUUCCUUGGUGGUAAGCAAACAUUCACUGUUCGUGAUGCUGCUUUGGGUGUGGAAGUUCCUCCUCUCUCUGAUAUGACAAGAGGAGGCAUAUCGCCUCGCGCGCACACUGCUGACUUGUUUGCUUUCAUUCAAGGAGCUUCGCAUGAUGGUGGUGAUGAUGUCAAUAUGACAAGGCCCGCUGAAGGCGAUGCUAUGGUAUCCUCCAUGGCAGCUGGGGAGGCGGGCGGCGAGGUCGCUACCGAACCCGCAGGAGUUGCAAUGGACACUUCCUCAUUGGUUGGAAAUGAACCUUCUGCUGGUGAAACCACCCUCCUACCCGCUGUUGCAGGGGAGCAACCGAGUUAUUCCGAGGGUGUCCUUUCUGUGGAUGAGCAUUCUGCAUCCCAAUCUGCUGCUUUUGAUUCUUCCUCUCAUAAUGAUGCUCAUGCCUCAGAUUCUGUUGCUGACCCUACUGCUGACCAUGAUGAAUAUUCCGAAAUGCAGGUUUACCCAGGAUCAUCUCAACCUUACCCCCCAAAGCCAAAAUCAUUGCAGGCGGCUUCAGCCGAACAGACUCUACUUGAUGUGGAAUCGCAUGAGGCUACUCAAAUCGACGACAGCCAGAUGACGCAAAUCAUCGGUACGCCACCUCCUCAGUCAGAGCAUCUUCCUGAACCUCCUGCUUCGCCAUACGAAGAAACCCCUGCCACUGUUACCAAAACUGACGCCAAGAUCGGCAAGACACCAUCUGCCAACAGACUGUCUAUAUCAUACGCCCGCGGUAUUCGGCGCCUUGUGGUGGAUGCUGAAGUUGUGGAAAGUUUGAAGCUCUUCCGGCAAGAGGGCCGUAUCGAGGUGUCAUUAAAACUUAGUAAGGAGAAAGACGAUACUCUCAAGGGUGUUUUGGUUGAAGGUCUUUCUGAUGUCACUAAAUCCUACCUUGUGCUCCCAGCACCCUCUGAUCCCUCCGUUGAGCCUGACCCCACCGUUCCUCCCUUUGGAAAUGUUGAAACACCAGCCACGCUACAGCUAGUUGUAUACCUUGAUACUGCUCGGCCUUUGUCUGAGCCAAAAUGGGCCAAAUCUGGUGAUAUUCAAGAUUGGUUGAAGAGCAUGUUUGGUCGCAUGUUCUGGGUCGCUGGAGAGGCUGCCGAAGGAUGGGAAAAGAAGAUCCAUGUCGUUGAUCCCGACCCGCCUCCGACCAUCUGGACUGUUCUCGAUGGCUGGGCUACCAACUCUCCUGUUGGUGCUCUGAAUGAGCGACAGCGCUUCUUGAAGACGCAUAUGACAGAGUCUGAUAAUAUUUUGGAAAUUCUGUUGCGUCUUGUUCGUGGAGAAAGAGCCACAGCAUUCUCUCAGUCCACUCCGACUAUAUCUGCUCCAAGUGUUUCUGGUCCAUUGUUAUCUGCGUUGACUCAUGGAUCUGCUCAUGGUGCUCAGCAAACCCAUGUGUCACUGGCUGUCCUGGCGAUGUUCCGACUAUGCGUGGAUUAUGCGCAAAAGGCGUUGGGAGACAAAGGCAAAACGGACGUUGAAGAGCAUAUGGGAGAAAUCAUUAGAUGUCUUCCUUCGCACCUCGUCUAUAAAAGUCUGGACGGCAUUUUCAAGGAAUGGAGGGUCGAAAAGAAGGGCCGCUGA